AUCUUUGGUGCUUCCACUCUCUACCAAGGAGUCAAAGUGACGAAAUACACAGUCAAAAAGCGUGCCAACCAAAGGAUGGGCGAACAAAUCGAAUUGGUUGGCAAUGGCUCAGUGCCCCAUGAGGAACGGGUUCGACCACCUUUCAAAAGGGCCAGUACGCAAAUUACGAUGGGCACCGACUUGGAUCCUUUCAACAAACCUGAGCAUGUCCACACUUUGAAGGGUCGUGAACUCUACUUCUUCGUGAUUUUCUACGCUGUGGCCGUGAUUUUGAUACUGGCGGUGUUCGAAUUCUUCAUGCCGGUGCUCUUCAAUCCAAACUAUCCCGACAUGAAUUAGCAAUGAACGAUCGAUUAUCGAUCGAUUUGCUGUAAUCACCAGAGUGCAUUUAGGGCACAUCUGAACUUCUCGAUGCUCACUACAUAACCUCUUCACACAUCUAAUUUUAUUAUAUUUUUAAACGGGUACGGAUUUGUGCAGUGCAGCAUUAUUAUACAGCGGGUUGUGAAUUAUGUAUGUAAGAAAUUUCUCCAAAUGUCUUUAUUUUUAUGUUGUGCAUUAUUACGUGAUCUAGAAAAGCACAUAAUAAAUUUUAUUAAUAUGUUC